GUCGGAACUGUGGAUGCUCGGGGAGCAGCCCAUGCUGGCGGCGGCGGCGGCGGCGGCGGCGGGGACACGCUGGCGGGCAGCAGCGAUCCGGUCAGCAAACGGCCCGCCCGGCGCCUCGGGGCCGCCGCGGGCGCCGUGUCAUCGCGGCCUGAACUGGCGGGCGGGCGAGCGGGCGGGCGGGCGGCGGCGAGCGCGGGUCUCGCGUCAGGAAGCGCGGCCACCUCUUUUAUCGCGCUGCGGGCGCGGCGGCGGCGGCGGCGGCGGCGGCCGAGGGGAGGGGGCGCUGGGGCGGGAGGCGCGCGGCGGACGCCCCUCCGAACAUGCCCUUCCUGAGGCGGGAGCCGCCGCCGUCUCCCUCACAUCGCCGCGCGCGCCGCGGCCACCGCGCUUCCGGGGAAUGUCGGGGGAGGAGAUUGGCGCUCUCGCCACCGGGAGCCGCGAGCCCGCGCCGCCUUCGCACCGCCGCCCUCGCCCCGUCCGACUCUCGAGGAACCGGCGCUCGCGCGGCGCCGGCGCCCGCUGCUCCUCGGCUCCCCGGGUGGGCGGGCGGGCGGCCGGGAAGCGCCCCCUAGUCGGGCGACCGUUGGGAAGCCUAGCCCUCCGGCCCUGCACCCCGAGCUACGGGACGGGAGGCACGCGGAACCGGCGCGCCGGCGGGGAGCGAGCGCCUCUCGGCUCCACUCGGGCCGCGCCGUCGAGAAGCGCCCGGGCGGCUGCGCGAGCCAGCGGGGAGGUGUUGCGCGGCCGAGCCCUCCCGCUCCGGGCUCCGGACCGCGUCUUGCGGCCGACGCGCCGCGCCCAGCCCCCAGCGGUGACCUCCAGCGGCUGCUGGCGUCAAUGCAAAGCAGCUGGGGCGCCCGCCGCCCGCUCCCGGUACCGCCCGGCCCAGAGCAUGCGCGGGCCGCGACCGCAGGGGCGCCCAGCCAGCGUGCCCCGAGAGAGGAAGGGACUGGCUCAAUGAUACCCAGCGAGACUGCUUCGGGGGGCCACCAUCUGAUCACUGUCACAUCACUGUGUUUGAGACCGGGAGCUAUGUCAUCCGGGAAGAGGCCGGUUGGAAGGACUUCAUGCCGAAGUGGUCACAAGUCCACGGGGGCACCACACUCCAGGUCCCAGACGUUAUUAACCGGGACAGCGGGUUGCUCCAAGACCUGGCACGUCACGCCUCUGGGUGCACCCGGAUCGGUGCGACUUGCGAGGCUUCUGAAGCUACAGUUGCUGGAAGGCCGGUCCUCUUAACCCAAGGACAGUUCCAGGUUCAACAGUCCCAAGAAUCAGAAGCCAGGGAAGGAAGGGGUGUGCGCCCUUCCAGCAGGGAUCAGGCCUGUGAGGACCCCGGUUGUCAGCACUGUCGCCCUCACGUGCCGACAGCCUAACUGGGUGACUCCGGAUGAGUCUCUUAGCCUCUAUGUGGCUGAAGCUGAAGGGCGACGCCCCUGGGUGUGCAUCUGGGACCCGGAGCCAGCCACUUCGGGGACCCUCCCGUCCUUCCUUGCUCUCCAGGUCCACCGGGACCCCGGCGGGGAUGGAGUUUCCUUUCCUCAGUCCACACCUUUCCUACCCGCACCCGGGAGCGACCCUGAAAAGUCCAGGCUCCCGCCCGCCCGCGGGCUGGCUACUGUUAAGACCCGGAGAUAUGCUCCGGGCUGAAGUCCCUACUGUCACGCCGAGAAGGACACAGGUGCUUGAUUUCUGUAGCAGCUCCGACGUCCUUGAGCAUCGAUCUUCCGGAGCAAAGGAGGGUACAGGGAGGCUUUGGGAACGGAUAAGGCUGGAGCCGCUCUGGCCACGGGCACGUGGCUCCUUGGUCAAGUUAAAGCGCGCUGUCCUGUAAAAGUAUCACUGGCUCGGUGGAGGUGUCUUGAAAAACAGGAAAGAAUAAUAUCACCCGUUAUUCCACCCAAAUUGUAGUGUUUUCGACUAGCAAUCUUAGAGGGUAGUUUUUACAGCUGGCAUCUGGAUCCCUGGAGAAAAUGCCUUUAGCCGCAGAUGUGCACACAAGUCUGAGGCUCUUCUCCCCGCCCACCCGAAGUCUGGCCUUGAGGACUUCAUACUGACCUUGCUUGUGAAGCUCCAGGAAACCCCAGCCCGCCUAGCCCUCCCCGCACAGGCUGGCUCUCGGCGUCCCUGCUUUGUCUUGGGGAUCCUUGAGCUUUAUGUCAAUAACAGGGUGGGGCUGAGGAAAGGGGGCUCCUCUGGAGACCAAAGGCUUCUGGUACCUUCCCCUUCCCCCUCCGCCAUCCUGAGUUGGUUAUUUACUGUCUGUGAUCUCAAAACUGACCUCCCGCCCUGCAAUUUAGGGACCCGCAGAUUUGGAAACCUGAGGCUAAGAAAGACACUCAGGCAGAUUGGAGCCAUCUGUUUACUUGUGGAGCAGAAGGAUCCCACUUUUCCUGGUCUUAAGACCUUAGCCUGGGUCACAGUGUUGGAGCUGUGAGGACGUGGAUUUGGUUCCUGACGACCCCAUGGUGGCUCAUAACCGUCUGGAGCUCUGUGUACAGGUGACUGGAUACCCCCUUCUGACCUCCAGAGGCACCUGGCAUGCUUGUACACAUACGUACAUAUAUGCAGGCAGGACACGCACAUUUUUUUUUAAAAAAAAAUCUGAAAAAUAAAAAAUUUAAAAAGAA